AUGGCCGCCCUCGACACCUACAAGUACACUCCCGCCGAGGAGAAGGAGGUCCAGCAAUGGAUCCAGAAGGCUGACACCAUCAAGGCCUCGGACGAUAAGCAGUCCGUCCUGGACGCCCUCAACGCCGACCUCGCGACCCGCACCACCGUCCUCGGCACCAAGCCCUCCAAGGCUGACAUCGCCAUCUACGAGGCCGUCGCACCCCUCGUCAAGGCUUGGUCGCCCGAGGAGCGCACCGGCCAGCAGGGCCGCCCCAACAUUGUGCGCCUCGUCGACUUUGUCCAGAACAGCCCUCUCUUCGGCCUCAACGUUGCCGACGCCGACAAGAUCGCCAUUGAUGCCGACGAGAUCCUCUACGACCAGGUCGUCCAGGCCGCCACCGACGCCGCCCCCGCCGCCGCCGCUCCCAAGAAGGAGAAGAAGGAGAAGAAGGUCAACGAGAACCGCCGCCCCAAGGCCACUCCUCCUCCCCCCGCGCCCCUCUCCCCCGGUCUUAUCGACCUCCGCGUCGGCCACAUCCUCAAGGCCAUCAAGCACCCCGAAGCCGACUCGCUCUUCGUCUCCACCAUUGCCGUCGGCGAUGCGCCCGGUACCGAGGAUACUGCCGAGUACGAGGGCCAGGUGUGCCGCACCGUUUGCUCCGGCCUCAACGGGCUCGUCCCUCUCGAGGAGAUGCAGGGCCGCAAGGUCGUCGUCGUCUGCAACCUCAAGCCCGUCAAGAUGCGCGGCAUCAAGUCGUGCGCCAUGGUGCUCGCUGCCUCGCCCAAGCCCCAGGAGGGCGUCGAGGACGACCACAAGGGCCCCGUCGAGCUCGUCAACCCUCCCGCUGACGCCAAGGCCGGCGAGAAAGUCUACUUUGAGGGCUUCAAUGCCGAGCCCGAGAAGGUGCUCAACCCCAAGAAGAAGAUCUGGGAAACUUUCCAGCCCGGCUUCACCACCACCGGUGCCCUUGAGGUGGCCUUCGAUGUCGAUGUGUGCAAGGAUGUUAAGGAUUUGGAGGGCAAGAGCGGCAUUGCUAAGCUGGUGACCGCCAGCGGUGGUGUCUGCACUGUUCCUACCUUGGCUGGCGCCCAGGUUAGGUAA